AUGGUGGGCUUUGCUUGUGGAAUUGCGAUAGUACUAUGCUCCUUCGUUGCUCGUUCAUCUGCGCAAGGAAGGGUGCUGCAGAGCUCAGCAGAAAAUGCAACGUACGAUUAUGUGGUCAUCGGCGGAGGGACAGCAGGGCUUGCGAUUGCAUCUAGGCUUUCACUGCAUGCAUCAGUCGCUGUGAUUGAAGCUGGUGGUCUUUACGAAAGCGAUAAUGGCAACCAGUCCGUGGUUCCCUACUACGGUCUGGUCAUGCCUGUACUAGGCACAACGGAGGAUUAUCCACACAACUCGCUAGUAGAUUGGGACUUACUUUCCACGCCGCAGGUGUCAGCUGGAGGACGGCGUAUUCACUAUGCGCAAGGUAAGACACUCGGAGGUAGCUCAGCCCUGAACACCAUGGCCUAUCAUCGAGGUACCGCUGGCUCAUAUCAGCGUUGGGCUGAUCUGGUCGGCGAUCAAAGCUACGCUUUCGAUCGUAUUCUGCCCUACUUUCAGCGAUCUUCCUCUUUGACUCCUCCCAAUCUCCAGAAGCGGAAUGCUCCCAAUGCUACCGUCUCGUACGACUCUGCUGCUUUUAACAACAGGCUGUAUGGCCCCCUCCAGGUGUCUUGGGCGAACUGGGUUGAUCCGACUCAGAGUUGGCUUGCCCGUGCUCUUCAAGCUAUUGGGCAAACGCUCAGCCCCAGCGGGCUUAGCAGUGGUCAAGUGGACGGCGGAGCAUGGGUGCCAACAACCAUCGACCCGAGAGAUGCUACAAGAAGUACCUCCAAGAGCAGCUAUCUAGCGGCUGCAAUGCGAGAUAAUAAAGCCCAGAUCACCGUGCAUCUACGAACGCAGGCUUCGAAGAUUAUAUUCAAUAAGAGUAAGAAGGCAUCUGCUGUAGCAAUAACAAGUAACGGUCAAAAUUAUGCGCUCGCUGCAAGAAAAGAGGUCAUUCUUUCAGCAGGCGUGUUUCAUUCGCCGCAGCUCCUGCAGUUAUCGGGCAUUGGGCCGAAAGGUACGCUCCUUUCAAAUUCUAUCAGUGUGAUCUCGGAUCUUGCAGGUGUUGGACAGAACCUCCAGGACCAGAUCUUCUUCAACAUCCUUCGUGGCAUCAGUGUACCGAACACCGGCACAUACCUAGCGACACCUCAUCAAAAGGCGCUCGCGGUUAAACAAUACCUCACCAACGCUACAGGGCCCUACAGCUCUGCUGGUGGAUAUCUGUCGUUCGAGAAAUUACCAGAAAAGAGUCGCAAAUUAUUGUCGCCGCGUACUUUGGAACUACUUGCAAACUACCCGUCCGAUUGGCCGGAGAUCGAGUAUAUUGCCUCUGGAUUCCCUGGUACCUAUUUGAAUCUGACUACAGUCGGUGCAAUAAGCGGUACAUUGUUGAAAACAUCUUCCAAGGGCAAUGUAACAAUCAAAAGCGGUUCCGUCACAGACCCACCCGUUAUCAAUCUGAAUUGGCUUAGCGAUCCUGCCGAUGGAGAGGUCUUGGUGGCUGCCUUCAAACGAGUCCGCGAAGCAUGGAACACUACCGCUAUCUCAAGUAUCGUAGUUGGUCCUGAGAUCACGCCUGGCGAGGCUGUGUCUACCGAUGCAGAGAUUUUGGAUUAUAUCAAGAACUCGGCCCAGCCCAUCUGGCAUGCAAGUUCGACCUGCAGUAUGGGCAAGGCGGGACAAAAGAGUGCCGUAGUUGAUUCGAAAGCCAGGGUGUUUGGUGUCAAAGGACUUAGAGUGGUGGACGCAUCAGUGAUACCAUUCAGUCUGCCAGGCCAUCCACAGAGCUCGGUGUACAUGCUGGCAGAGAAAAUUGCAGAAGACAUCUUGAAGGAUAGAUGA